AUGGAUGGCCUGUGCCAUUGUGUACGUCCCGACCUCCAGAAACUCGGCGAAGACCUGUACUGCUUGAGCUGCGGAUAUGCCAGCCUUGGAAAAACAGAGAACCAGCAUUUCAAGCCCGAGGGACCCGGUAACACCGUUAUACACCUCACAGGGCGGGCGAAGUUCCACUAUCGGCCUCUCCAAUCCCCCCAUGCUCUGAGACUCGUGCACCUGUACGCCGGGCAUCGCAAAGACGAAAUCCGAUGUCGCAUAUUUCAUGCCACUCUGGAAGAUCAUCCUGUCUUCGAGGCGCUAUCUUACACAUGGGGCGACAGUAUCCUAUCACACGAGAUAUACUCCGAUGAGGGUACCGUUCGCGUGACAGCCAACUGCGCUUCUGCGCUGAGGGACCUACGACACACGUCCCGUGACCGGUUCCUAUGGAUUGACGCAAUCUGCAUCAAUCAAGCUAGCAAUGCGGAAAAGAAUCAUCAGGUACCGCUCAUGAACAAAAUUUAUGCUGCAGCGAUACGCGUGGUUAUCUAUAUCGGUCCGGAUCCAGCUGACGAUGCUGAUCGUUUCUUCGAUUAUUUCAGGCCCCAUUAUUUGAGGCCCGAUAGCGCUUGCAUGGCGGCCCGCAAGAUCGUGGAUCAAGAUCAUGUCUCCGCAUUUCUGUCGAAGUCUUGGUUCUCCAGGAUAUGGGUGCUACAGGAAGUUGCCGUUGCCAGAGAGGCAGUCCUG